AUGUGUAUAGUAGCGAAGGCCUGUCACCAGCAGGUUUAUUCCAAUUCAACAAAAAUGGAAAAGGUGGAGAAAUCCAAGACCAAGGGCAACGAGGCCUUCAGGGUCAACAAUUUCGAGUCCGCCAUCGCGCAUUACUCGGAGGCGUUGGAAGCACUAGGUGACGGCGAGCCCAAGAUGGCCUCGGUGAUUCUGUCCAACCGGCAGUGCCAUAUCAAGCUCGAGAACUGCGGGCUGGCCCUGCAGGAUGGCUCUCGGGCAGUGGAGCUGGACCCAGGCUACCUCAAGGCCUACUACCGCAAGGGCUCUGCGCUGCUGAUACUGGGCAAGCUGGAGGAUUCACUAGCGACCUUUAACAAGGCCUUCGAAAUUACCAAGGACCAGGACAUCCUCCCCAAGGUCUACGAAGUCAAGGCCUUGCUCAAGCAGCAGAAGAAGAUCGGAGGCGAGGCAGUCGACGCCCUGAAAAUGCUGGACUCGCUCGACUAGAUCGAAGUCGAGGCAGGCUACUCCGGCCCCAAGCUCGAAGACAAGCUCACGCCCGAGUGGGUGCAAAGCCUCAUGGACCAUCUCAGCCAGAAGAAACUACACCUGAAGUACCUCCUCGCUGUGCUCAAGAAGGCCCGAGACAUCCUCCGGAAGGAAAGGACGAUCGUUCCGAUCAGAGUUGGAGGGUUCUGCCACGUAACCGUUUGCGGAGACAUCCACGGGCAGUUCUACGACUUGCUCAACAUCUUCGCAUUGAACGGCAACCCUUCCCCCUAGAACUGGUACCUGUUCAACGGCGACUUCGUGGACCGCGGGUCAUUUUCGAUCGAGGUGAUAACGACCCUGCUGGCGUGGAAGGCCUGCUACCCCAGCCACUUCUUCCUGAACCGCGGCAACCACGAGGCGGUGAUGGUCAACAAGAUCUACGGGUUCGAAGGGUAGUGUCUGGCCAAGUACAGCAAGGAGGUCUACGACAUCUUUUCGGAUGUGUUUAGGGCCCUGCCCCUGGCCUCCCUCAUCAACGACAAGGUCUUCGUGUGCCAUGGCGGGCUGUUCCAAAAAGACGGUGUCACGCUUAAGGACAUUGAGGCGAUCGACCGCUUUAAGGAGCCGCCUCAGGAGGGCAUCUUCUCGGACCUGCUGUGGGCGGACCCCACCUAGAGCGCCGGCAGAGCCCCCAGCAAGCGAGGCGUGGGGAUGUCGUUCGGGCCGGACAUAACGCGGGCGUUCCUGAAGGGCAACUCGCUGGACCUGAUCGUGCGGUCACACGAGGUGCGGAACAACGGCUACGAGGUGGAGCAGGAGGGCCAGCUGAUAACAGUGUUCUCUGCGCCGAACUACUGCGACCAGAUGGGCAACAAGGGGGCGUUCCUGCGGUUCGACAGCGAGGGCAAGCACGAGGCGAGGGUGUUCGGGCACGUGCCGCACCCCGACAUCCCGGUGAUGGCCUACAACCGGUUCAAGGGCAUGAUCUGA